CUUACCUAUCUCAGAACACCCUAGCUAGCGGUAUCUCAAUACCUCCACUCAACUUAUCGCAACUGCUCCACUGAUACCCCGGAUCAUGAAUCGUAUAAUCGCCCCCGGGUUCAAAAAGGCCGCUCAGUCGCUGUUGUUUUCACACAGCAGGACGAGAACCAUCUCCUCUGAACAACAUCUUAUAACUUCAUCAUGGCGGAUACAAAGAACGAUAUCGAGGUGGACAAGAAGAUCAUCCCUCUUGACCACGACGACGUCGAGGCUGAUAUCAAGAAUGGCACGGUUACUGACCUCGAUGAGGCAGAAUUGUUCCUCCAGCAACAUGGCAUUGCUCACUCCCGCCUAAGCGAGCUCAUGGCCGAUGAAGAAGCCCUCAAGAAACUCCGCAAAAAAGUCGACUGGUCACUCAUGCCGCUCCUCUGCGGAACAUAUCUUCUUCAAUAUGUCGAUAAACAAGCCCUCGGCUACUCAGCCGUAUUCGAUCUCUUCUCAACAACAGGCAUGACUUCAGACGAAUACUCGUGGAUGGCGUCCAUCUUUUACUUUGCAUACCUCGUCGCUGAGUGGCCUGCCUCGUACCUCGCACAGCGUUUACCAACCGGCACCAUCGUCAGCACAUUCGUCAUCACCUGGGGCUCUAUCCUCUGCCUCACAGCAGCAUGCCAGAACUUCGCCGGUCUAGCAGUCUGUCGUUUCCUCCUCGGCGCUUUCGAAGCUGUAAUCACACCCGCCUUCAUGCUCAUCGUCUCGCAAUGGUUCCGCCGCGAAACACAGCCUGCGCGCGCAGGUCUAUUCUACUGCUUCAACGGCUUCGGCGCCAUGUUUGGCGGCAUUCUCUUCUACGGCGUCGGCCAGGCGAAAGGAUGGGAUGUCUGGCGGACUAUCUACGUGCUCUGCGGCGGACUGACUAUCUGCUGGGGUGUAAUCCUGUUCUUCUUCCUGCCCAACAACAUCCUCACUGCGAAGCGGUUUAGCGUUGAGGAGCGUGCGAUGCUGAUUGCGCAGAGCGCGAGGAAUAAGACGGGUGUGUUUAAUAGGAAGAUCAAGUGGAAUCAGAUCAGGGAGGUCUUUGUGGACUCGCAGAUCUGGUUGCUGUUCUUCUUUACGUUGUUGAAUGAGGUUAUUAACGGAGGUAUUGCGAACUUUUCCAAGUUGAUCGUUAAGGGGUUCACGCAUGAUGCGCUAUUGACGACGGCGUAUGGAAUUCCGUACGGUGCUUGCAACGCGAUCUUUAUGUUUACGGGACCGUAUGUUGCGUCCAAGUUCAAGAACGUGAGGACGAUUGUUAUGUGUGUUUGGCUUUUGCCGACGCUUAUUGCUGUUACGCUGUUCUGGCAACUUCCUCGCUCCAACAAGGGCGGUCUUCUUGCUGGGUACUACAUGUGUGCUUCUUUCGUCGGCGCUCUCAUCGUCGCUCUUCAAAUGCCCGCCUCAAACGUCGGCGGCUACACCAAGCGAACUACCGCCACAGCCUUUGUAUUCCUCGCCUACUGCAUCGGCAACAUCAUCGGACCACACGGCUUCAUUGGCUCCGAAGCACCAAUCUACCAGACUGGCUGCAAGCUUAUUAUCGGCUGUGUAGCAGGCCAAGUUGUCAUUGCGAUUGCUCUUCGCUUCGUGCUCAUCCGUCGAAACCGUCUUCGUGAUGCUCAAGGCCCUGUUGUGGAGGAUGAGAAUGCUGUGUUGCAGGAUCUCACUGACCUUGAGAAUCCCAACUUCCGAUACUCUUACUAGUUAUGGGAGAAGUUUUAUGAUGUCAUGAGUGUUGUUUAGUUAGUGCUGGCUACAGUCAAUUGAAGCUUUGGUCUUGGACCCUGUGUACCCCGGAUUCGGUGAUGACUCGGGAACCUGUGCGUGAAAUCUGGGGUAUUCCACUUUGGCGUUACUUUUACGUAAAGGAGUUGACGUAACCAGGUGGUUAUGCAGGAUGCUAGGUUAUUGAUCCCGGGGUUUCUUGGCAAGACGGGGUAGACAUGGGCUAGUCAAGGCGAUGUUUGUUUCUCCGGGCAUAAUACAUAUCACUUGGUCUACGGAGUCAUGUACUCGAGAUCAACCGUUUAGUUUCAUUCGAUGUGAUCUCUAGUCCUCCCACUUGGACGAAACCCUCCA